AUGGCCGAAUCCCCGAGCCGCUCCGGCAGCCUCCGUGUCCGCCGAACCCGAGGCGGGCCCUCGAGGAACUCGUCCGCCCGCUCCUCGGCCGCUUGGGAGGACUACUCCUACCUCCACCCGGCCAACUACCAACAGCAGCACCACAACUUGCGCCCCGCCUCUUCGCGCUUCUCCCUUAACGAGCAAUUCGCCGCCACGCGACAGGAGUACGAGUUCGGCGACGACGACACCUCAUCCAUCGUUGAUCGCAUGACCAUCGCCUCGGACCUCGCCGACGACAGCACCAUCGCUGUGAACAUGGGCGCCGAGGGGGACUACUACGACCUGCUGUGCUUGGCCAAGGACCCAUCCCUAACGCCGGACCAGAUCCGAAGGGCAUACCACCGGUUGGUGCUGUACCUGCACAAGGACGGCCUGCCCGAGAACCUGCACAGCGUCGCGCAGCCGUACUUCAACCAGGUGCAGAGGGGCUUCGAGACGCUAAUCGACCCGCACCGACGAGCACUGUACGACGCGAGCAAGCUAAGGGAUUUGACGAAUGCGCCCAAGCUCCCUCUCGACGAGGACUAUCGAUAUGCAUAUGAUCUAUCACUGAAGGAGCAGCUGAGGCAGCGGGCGGCUGAUGUGGUGCAGACGUCGUCGGAUCUGGGAAUCAGGUUCGAUGCGUCGAAGGCGGUCCGACAGGGCUCUGCCGUUACCCCCUUGGAUUUCACCCUGAGUCAUUCCGUGACAGUAGGACUUCCGGUGCUUGGCCGGCUGGUUGAGAGAACAGCAAUGUCAACUAACCAACGCGUUGCGUCAACGUCGAAGCGAACGCCGUCUGUUGCGAUCACUGAGAGUGAGAAGGCAAAUGCCGACGACUCGCGGGAGCCUAUGAUAUACCUGCCUCCGCCGCAGGUGACCUUGACCGGCUCUGUAUACGGCAUCGUCGAGGAGAUAUACAGGGUUCCUCUGCCGCUGUUGGCGGACCGCUAUCAACCUCUAUUACCCCUGACUAUACCCCGAAAGCGCAUCAUGCAGCUUGCUGAGCAACGUCCAUGUCCCCUGAUCAGUCUGAAAUUCCGACAGGACAUCAUCCACAGGACGGCAGAGGAUCGCAUUGCCAAGACGGAAAUCGAAGUGGAAAGCGAACGUGCGGUCUGGAAGACUGUGGAUGCGGGGCCCCCUCGCGUUGGGGUUGGGAUUCAUCGCUGGAUGGGAGCCGGAACUGCGUACGCGACCGCGGACAGCGGCGACUGGAGCGUCUGGCCUGGCGAAACGAUCAAGUUCUUCACGGACUUUUCCCAGGUGAGCAGGAACCAGCUGCUCACCGAGUUCCCCAUGAAGACGUCUGCAAGCUUCGAGAUAGGAUACACGACAUCGCCGGAACGGAUGCCCUCUACGGGCCAUGAAGACUCUCCGAGAGGAGAAUGUGGUAUUCGCGGGCUAGAUUACGAGAACAACACCAGCAAUGACGGCUCAUGGACAGUCUCGGCAUCUUUGACGGCGGACACGGUGGCUGGCUAUAUCAGGUACGGCCGCGACCUGCCGCCACUCGGUCCUAGCCCCGCCAGACUCGAAUUGGAGCUGUGCUCCAACACCCUUCUCGACCGGUACGUCGCCGUCCGGAACCUCUGGACCAUCGGCCGGUUCUCCAAGCUCGGCCUCGAACUCGGCGUCAGCCCGCAUAGCUUGCACCUCUCCCUAUACUGGUCGCGCCUCAGCCAACGCCUCAGCAUCCCCAUCCUUCUCUCUCCACGCGCCGAGUACAGCCCCUCGAUCAUCUUUUACGCGAGUUUCGCACCCCUCGUCGCCUUCGCUGCGCGGCACUUCCUCUGGAAAUCCAAACGCGCCCGCCCCACCGAGGUCGAUCUGCAGGCCUACGUCGCGCGCAAGCGUGCCGCAGCCGACGACGUCGCCUCCCUACUCGCGGGGGCCGUCGAGGCCCGCCAACGAAUCGAACGCCAACGUGGCGGGCUCGUCGUGCUGAGCGCAAAGUUCGGCGUCAAGGAGGAGGCCGGCGGCGACUGGGCUGCUGAGGAGGUCGCGGACGUGACGCUUGCGGUGGCGGCGUUGGUGGAGGACGGGAGGCUGCGAAUCCCGGCCGGCGUGAGGAAAGGGUCGCUGUUAGGAUUCUGGGACCCGGCGCCGCUGCGGCGUAAGGCGCUCCACGUGAGGUAUCUGUGGCGAGGAAAGGAGAGUACCGUUGAGGUUAUGGGGCGGGAUGAGCUGGUUCUCCCGCCUCCGAGGAGGGAUGCGUCUUGA